AUGCUGGCCAGGCUUCGUUUAGUCUGGAUCAUUCGGGGCUAUGCAGAGUUCCGGGAAUUGGAGAAGAUUGUGCGGACGCCUGCUCUCAACUCGACGACACGAACGGCAUUUGCGUACAAGGACAGUGCCACUGCACCAGUGUUGGAGUUGGCAAUUGUCAAGACUUCAAUUUUGAAGGUUGCGAUUCUAUUUGUCUCGAAAAGGCAUCCGAUCUGGUUGGGAUUUGUUUCAACGGCCAAUGUGGAUGCUUCUCUUAGACCAUCGAUUUCUUUCAUUUCACCCAAGAACAAGUCCUUUCCUGAUCCCAGUCAUACUUUUGCUUUCAUUUUUGCAUUGCAUUGCACCAUUAAUGGUCGAAAUUAA